AUGCCUCCGCGCAUCUCAAUUCAGUCCUCUCUGAAGGCAUUGACCGGUAUGCUUGUCAAAACCAGUGAUGUCAAAUGUGCAAUUACCUGGGUGCUAACCAAGACUUGUUUAGGUUCAACCUCCGGAUAUAACCCGUUGUCCAAUUUGAUCAACACUUCUAUCAGAGCUGCGUCUAGCAAGGUUCAGGUUCGGAGGAAACAUGACCCAUUUCUGAUGGCCCAGGCGCGCCAGCGUAAGGCAGCCAAUGUCUCCCGCCAACAGGUCCUUGCGGAGGAACGAGAAUCAUCGCUCGGGGACCCUGUCAAGAGCCAGCCGACACCAUUUAUCCUAGAGAUGACAGCAAUCCAAACCAACUCGCAUAUUCCAUCAUCUUUGGCUGAGGAUCUCAACUACUACUUGAAGUCGGAUGAGCUGGAUGCCGCCCUCGACUUCUCUAAGGAUUUGACCGCACCGCUUAAAAAUCCCGAUCGCAACACAGCCGAUCCUCAAAUCGAGAAGGAGGCAAUGAAUUUGCAUAAACAAGAGCAUAAGAAUGCUCAAGAGGCAAUCAACCGGAUUGUGAAUCUGAACAAUGGAAACACCAAGGACCGCGUGCGCCUCAACAUUACCAAGUGCAUUGAAACAUUCGGGCGACACUACACAGACUCAAUUCUCCCACCAAAGCCUUCAGCUGUGAUCCAUGGGUCUGCCCCUGUUCAUCCGGAACGCGCGCCGCGUGUUGGUCCCGAUACCGGCUCUGCGGAGGUGCAAGCCGCGAUCCUAACCGUGAAAAUCAUGAACCUCUCCCGACACCUCGAGAAUGCCAACAAGGACAAACACAACAAGCGUAACUUGCAACUACUAGUCCACAAGCGCGCGAAGCUGCUGCAAUAUGUCCGCAAGAAGGAACGCGGAGGUCCCCGGUGGCAGAACCUGAUGGGGACAUUGGGAUUGUCUGACGCUGCGUGGAAGGGAGAGAUUGCCCUAUGA